CGACAACCAACGCGCAGCAAUGUCAAAGCUUCCUGAGGAUCUCGCUUGGAGCGAGAGUGCCGCCACACUGCUCGCGGAGACGGACAAGACCUCGGUCAAGUCCGUGAUCACAACCAUCAAGAAGUCGGCCGAUGACAAGGCCAAGAAGGAAGCCUGCAUGGAGGCGACCGCCGACCUCGCCAAGUGGGCAAAGGCGCAGGGCGUCUACUGGCCGGAGCCGUACCUCAUGACCGUCUUUGACAUUGUGAUGGCGCUCGUCGCGGACAAGGACCGCAAAGUGCAGAUCAAGGCGGAGCAGGCGGGCGAGGCGAUGAUGGAUGCGCUCAACCCGCUCGCGGUCGACGCCAUGCUGCCGAUGCUCUUCAAGCAGUUCGAGGAGCACCGCUGGCAGACCAAGCUGGGCGCCGUCAAGAUGUUUGCGCGCCUUGCCGAGACGUCGGCCAAGGCGGUCUCGACGCUGCUGCCGACCAUCGUCAUCAAGCUGAUGGAGGUGUCGCAGGACCCGAAGCCGUCCAUCAAGGAGGAGGCUGUCAAGGCGCUCAAGGCCUGCUGCUCCGUCAUCGACAACGCCGACGUCUACCCGCUGAUCGACUCCAUCAUCUCUGCCAACCUGAACCCCGACACGGAGGGCGAGUCGUGCCUCGACAAGCUCGUCGGCACCACCUACGUCGCGGCGGUCGACGAGCCGACGCUCGCGCUCAUCAUGCCGAUCCUGAUGCGCGGGCUGAAGGUGCGCGGCAACGUCAACAUGCAGCGCAAGUCGGCCGUCGUCGUCGACACUAUGUACAAGCUCGUCAACAACCCGGCGGACGCCGCAUUCUUCGCGCCCGACCUGGUCGCCACCCUCACCAAGAACAUCGACGAGAUCUCGGUGCCCGAGGUGCGCUCCAAGACGGAGGAGGCGCUCAUCACCGUCAAGGUGACGCUCGGCGAGUUUGAGGCCGUCAAGGUCGACUGCUCGCCCGUCGAGGUUGAGGCGGUGCUCUCUGAGAUCCUGACUGGCAACGCCUACAACUCGGACGAGGUCUCGCAAUGGGUGGCGCAGGUGACCGCGCCGCUCUUCGCGUCGGCGCGGACGCGCGUCAACGACAUGGUCGUCCCGUACCUCAAGGCCAUCGUCUCGGAGGCCGAGGCCAUCAUCAACGGCGAGCGCUUCCUCGAGGAGGGCGCCAAGAAGUUUGGCGCCGGCGUCGAGGAGGAGGAGGAGGUCGACCACGACGACCUCGCGGUGCUCUGCGACUGCUCCUUCUCGCUCGCGUACGGUAACCGCGUGCUGCUGCACAACACCAAGCUCAAGCUCAAGCGCGGCAAGUGCUACGGCCUCAUCGGGCCCAACGGCGCCGGCAAGUCGACGCUGAUGCGCUCCAUCGCCGCGGGCAUGGUCGAGGGCUUCCCCAAGGAGAUCCGCUCCGUCUACGUCGAGUGCGACGUCUCCGCGGCGCACGCGGAGGUGUCGUGCGUCGACUUCAUCCACAUGGACCUGCCCGAGCGCACCAAGGACGAGAUCGCCGCCCAGAUGACCGCCGUCGGCUUCAAGGAGGACCUGAUGUGGGGCCCGGUCGGCGCGCUGUCGGGCGGCUGGCGCAUGCGGCUGGCGCUCUCGCGCGCGAUGCUCAAGGAGCCCGAGCUGCUGCUGCUCGACGAGCCGACCAACCACGUCGACGUCCACGGCGUCGCCUGGCUCACCAAGUACGUGCAGGACCUCUCGGGCAAGGAGAUCUCGUCGAUGAUUGUGUCGCACGACUCUGCGUUCCUCGACGCGGUGGCGCAGGACAUGUGCCACUACGAGAAGAACCGGAAGCUCAAGGUGUACAAGGGCAACCUCUCCGAGUUUGUCAAGAUCAUGCCCGAGGCCAAGGCCUACUACGAGCUCGCGUCGGAGAACAUCGCCUUCUCCUUCCCCGACCCGGGCAUGCUCGAGGGCGUCACCUCGCGCACGAAGGCGCUCAUCAAGAUGAAGGACGUCUACUUCAAGUACCCCACGCGCGAGGUCAACACGCUCAACCAGAUCAACGUGCAGGUGUCGAUGGCGUCGCGCGUCGCGGUCAUCGGCGUCAACGGCGCCGGCAAGUCCACCCUCAUCAAGCUGAUGGUCGGCGAGAUCGAGCCCAACGAGGGCGAGGGCGAGCCGUCCAUCGUGCGCCACCCCAACAUGCGGCUGGCGUACGUCGCGCAGCACGCCUUCCACCACAUCGAGAACCACCUGGAGCAGACGCCGGUCAACUACAUCGAGUGGCGCUUCGCCGGCGGCAUGGACCGCGAGGGCCUCGCCUCCAACCACCUCGACCUCACCGAGGAGGAGGAGCUGCUCGUCGACAAGAAGCCGGGCCAGGUCGGCAUGCUGCGCUCGCGCCGCAAGGGCAAGAAGGGGCACGAGUACGAGGUGUGCUGGUUCGGCCACAAGGAGGGCGACGAGACGCAGUGGAUGAACAAGGACAUGCUGCUGCGCUUCAAGUGGACCGACAACGCCGACAAGAAGAAGCCGGUGUACGACUGCGCGGGCGCGCUGACCAAGCUGAUGAUGGGCGUCGACGAGCGCAUCGCCUUUGAGCAGUCGGGCAUCGCCACCAAGAAGCUGACCGCGCUCAACAUCCAGAAGCACCUCGACAACUUCAACCUCGAGAUGCAGUUCGGCACCUACUCCAAGAUCGGCGCGCUCUCGGGCGGCCAGAAGGUCAAGGUUGUGCUCGCGGCGGCCAUGUGGAUGGAGCCGCACAUCAUCAUCCUCGACGAGCCGACCAACUUCCUGGACCGCGACUCGCUCGGCGCGCUCGCCACGGCGGUCAAGAACUACGCCGGCGGCUGCAUCAUCAUCUCCCACCAGCGCGAGUUCUACUCCGCCCUCUGCCCCGAGGUUUGGUCGGUGGUGGACGGCCGCUGCACCGUCUCGGGCUCCGAGUGGAUGGACGCCGCCGAGAAGGCGCGCAAAAAGGCGGAGAAGGAGGCGGCCAAGAACGCGUCGCUCACAAAGGAGGACAAGUUCGACGCGUUUGGCAACAAGAUCGAGGAGAAGCAGGCGCUCAAGAAGAUCCCCAAGUCGGAGCUCAAGAAGCUCAAGAAGCGCGUGGCCGAGAUGCGCAAGGCGGGCCAGGAGGUGUACACCGACGAGGAGGUCGAGAAGGAGGGCUACGAGCCGAUCGUCUAGCCGUGUCCACCUUGCCGCGCCGCCAGCCGCGCCCGCCCCCAGUGUGGGGGCGACGGGCAGGGCGCCGGGCGCUGGCGCCCGCACGCGACGCGCGAGGGAGUCCGGAGGAGCCGGGCGUUUGGGGGUUUUCGGCUACCACCCCCUUGCGCCCGGCGCCCGUCUCCGCGCGGCCCGCUAUUUGGUGUGCGAUGCCAGCGCCUUCCGCCCCACGCCGCCGCUCCCGGCACCGGGGGUUCGCGGCUGCCGCCCCUGCACUUCUAUCACUUCUCUCGAGUGUCACUAUUGUUCUUGUGUGUGCCGUCUACGUCCCGUGUCCUACCGCAUGCGUGUAAUUUCGGAGGAGUAAGAAGUCUGCUACAGCUU